AUGGGCAAUCAGCAGAAAGAAGAUUUUACGGCCGAGGAAUACGCAAAAUUCAAGCAGCGCAAGCGGGACGACAAACACAGGAUGGACUAUAUUGCGCACCUGAAUAACGAGGGUAGAAGUGACAAGGAGGAUCAAAUGAUAGAAAAAUGGGAAAGGGAGAACGAGCAAAAGAAGUUGAACAAGAACAACAAAUGGAUGGUCCUUAGCCCAGUAAAUAAAACGCCGCAGUAUCCCACUGAAGCGCAAUUCGACACCGGUGCUGUCUUGAAUUACAUUACUGAGGAUAUGGUUCGAUCGCUUGGUUUGAAGAAAGAGCUUCUAGCACCCCCUCGAAAAAUCGACACUGCUGUUGGCCCCGGAGGAGAAUGCAAGUACCACGUGUUCGCUAACUGGAAGGGUCUGGAAGGAUGCGGCGGUCGCGUCGAGUUCUUUGUCCUACCUGAGACAUCACCCAUCACCAAGCCACUGAUUGGUACGAAAGAUCAGAAGUUCUGGGAUGAGUUAUUGGACGAGAGACCCGACAACCCUCUUUACUGGACCACAUUGAGUAAGCAAAAGGCCCCGGAGAAAAUUGAGAGUGCCGCGCUUCGUACGGCAGCGCUGAACGAACGAACUCAGUUGCAGCUCAGAAAAGAAGCUCAUGAGGAGAAAAGGGGCUACAGUAGCAGCAAAUCGAAGGGAUCUCGUUCAAACGAGAAGAAAACCACGAAGAACUGA